AUGGAGGGCUUCAUGGACUCAGGGACACAGACUGAUGCUGUGGUGGUGCUGUCUUUGGCUCAGGCCGCCGUGCUGGGCCUGGUCUCGGAAAAUGAGCUCUUUGGAGCUACCAUAAGCGCCGAAGCCUUCUACCCGGACCUGGGGCCGGAGCUGUCUGGGGCAGCCAUAGGGGAGCCCCGGCCCCCAGGCCCCGACGUCUACCAGCUGGCCUGCAACGGGCGGGCCCUGGAGGAGCCGGCCGAGGAGGAGGUGCUGGAGGUGGAGGCGGCCUUCGAGAAGCACACCCGGCGGAAGACGAGGCCACCUGUGCGCCUGGUGCCCAAGGUCAAGUUUGAGAAGGUGGAGGAGGAGGAGGAGGUCUAUGAGGUGUCGGUGCCCGGCGGUGAUGACAAGGAUGCUGGCCCAGCAGAGGCCCCGGCCGAGGCAGCUAGCGGCGGCUGCGAGGCCCUGGUGCAGAGCAGCGCGGUCAAGAUGAUCGACCUCAGCGUCUUCAGCCGCAAGCCCCGGACGCUGCGACACCUGCCCCGCACCCCGCGGCCGGAGCUGGACGUAGCCCCUUUCGACCCCCACUUCCCCGACCCGGCCCGGGAUGCCUUCGCCGAGCCCAGCAUGGCGCUGCCCAGGCCGGAGGCCCUGUCUGUGGAGUGCAGUUUCGAGCCGCCGCACCUGCCCCCGCUGAGCGACCCCGAGCCCCCUACCAUGGAGUCCCCGGAGCCCGUGAAGCCAGAGCAGGGCUUCGUGUGGCAGGAGGUGGGCGAGUUUGAAGCGGACACAGCCGGCUCGACGGUGGAGCGCCACAAGAAGGCCCAGCUGGACCGGCUGGACAUCAACGUGCAGAUCGACGACUCGUACCUGGUGGAGGCCGGCGACCGGCAGAAGCGCUGGCAGUGUCGCAUGUGCGAGAAAUCCUACACGUCCAAGUACAACCUGGUGACGCACAUCCUGGGCCACAACGGCAUCAAGCCGCACUCCUGCCCGCACUGCAGCAAGCUCUUCAAGCAGCCCAGCCACCUGCAGACGCACCUGCUGACGCACCAGGGCACCCGGCCACACAAGUGCCAGGUGUGCCAGAAGGCCUUCACGCAGACCAGCCACCUCAAGCGCCACAUGCUGCUGCACUCGGAGGUCAAGCCCUACAGCUGCCACUUCUGCGGCCGCGGCUUCGCCUACCCCAGCGAGCUCAAGGCCCACGAGGUGAAGCACGAGAGCGGCCGCUGCCACGUGUGCGUCGAGUGCGGCCUGGACUUCUCCACGCUGACGCAGCUCAAGCGCCACCUGGCCUCCCACCAGGGCCCCACCCUCUACCAGUGCCUGGAGUGCGACAAGUCCUUCCACUACCGCAGCCAGCUGCAGAAUCACAUGCUCAAGCACCAGAACGUGCGGCCCUUCGUGUGCACUGAGUGCGGCAUGGAAUUCAGCCAGAUCCACCACCUCAAGCAGCAUUCACUCACCCACAAGGGCGUGAAGGAGUUCAAGUGCGAGGUGUGCGGCCGGGAGUUCACCCUGCAGGCCAACAUGAAGCGGCACAUGCUGAUCCACACCAGCGUCCGGCCCUACCAGUGCCACAUCUGCUUCAAGACCUUCGUGCAGAAGCAGACCCUCAAGACCCACAUGAUUGUCCACUCGCCCGUGAAGCCGUUCAAAUGCAAGGUGUGCGGGAAGUCCUUCAACCGCAUGUACAACCUGCUGGGCCACAUGCACCUUCACGCAGGGAGCAAACCCUUCAAGUGCCCCUACUGCUCCAGCAAGUUCAACCUCAAGGGCAACCUGAGCCGGCACAUGAAGGUCAAGCACGGCGUCAUGGACAUCGGCCUGGACAGCCAAGACCCCAUGAUGGAGCUAACGGGCACGGACCCCUCUGAGCUCGACAGCCAGCAGGAAAUGGAGGACUUCGAGGAGAACGCCUACGCCUACGCCGGUGUGGAUGGCAGCGCCGAGGCCAGCGUCCUCACCGAGCAGGCCAUGAAAGAGAUGGCCUACUACAACGUGCUAUAG